AGGCUCACAAGUGUGAGUUGAGCUGUCAGUCCAAAGAGACCGGUGAGGUGGUGGUCAUGAACCAGGUGAUGCAUGAUGGGACGCGGUGCAGCUACACAGACCCUUUCAGUGUCUGCACCCGGGGGGAAUGUUUGCACGUGGGCUGCGACAAAGAGGUUGGCUCGUACAAACAAGAAGACAAGUGUGGAGUCUGUGGUGGGGACAACUCCCACUGUCGCACUGUCAAACUGACCCUCACCAAGAUGCCAAAGAAAACAGGCAUGCUGAAGAUGUUUGAUAUUCCGAUCGGUGCCCGGCACAUCGUUAUAGAGGAGAAUGAGACUUCCUCCCACAUAAUUGCUGUUAAGAAUCAAGUCACAGGCAGCUUCAUAUUGAACGCUAAAAGUGAAGAUGCCAAGUCCAGAACCUUCAUCGAGAGCGGUUUGGAGUGGGAGUACGCCUUYGGAAGCGGCGAGAAAGAAACCCUGAAAACAAUCGGCCCCCUUCACGAGGGCAUCGUUGUUCUGGUCAUUCCACAGGAGGAGGACACUAAGAUCAGUCUGACAUAUAAGUACAUUAUCCAUGAGGACCUGCUGCCGGUCAUCACCAAUAACAACGUUCUCCUGGCCGAGCUGGAUACCUACGAGUGGGCCCUGAAGAGCUGGUCGCAGUGCUCUAAACCCUGUGGGGGAGGUGUUGGUGGAGGAGUGGAACCCGUGCAGUAAGACGUGUGGGAAGAUUGGCUACCAGUCCAGGGUUGUUCAGUGUAUGCAGGCCCUUCCACCAACGCACCAACCGGACGGUCCACACUAAUUACUGUACAGAGGACAAGCCUGAACCAGGAAGGUCUGUAACCCCUCUGCCUGCCCUGCGCAGUGAGGGACA